AGUUAUUUAAUUGCUUUAUUAAUCGUUUAAAAUAUUAUAUUGAGAAAAAUUCGAGAUGUCUACUCAGAGUUUAUCGUCAUACGACCCAGACCAACUAACAAGUGGAACGUACAUGGGGUUGCCUCUACCAUCCACUAUGUUAAACUCGAUGCUUAGUCAACUACUGGAUAACCUUAUAACUGGGAACCAGGACCUAAAACAAACUAUCAAGGUCAACAAUGAAGAAUUGUAUUCGAAAUGUGAGUCAUUGUUAAAAUGGAAGAAAGACGUUGAUGAUAAAGUGAAGAAACUGUUCGAUACCUGUGACAGAGCUCGAGUUAAAGUGCAAAGCAUGAAGGAACAGAACGCAUUACUGCUUGGUGAAAACACACGACUAAAAAUACAAUUAGAACAACCAACUAAUAAACCAGCAGAAAAUGGUGAGGUUGAUGAUGUCACAGAGGAACAAAUGGUUGGAAAUAGAAUGGAAGAAACGCAAAGAAGAUACAUGCAAGUAGUCGGCAGUAUUGAGAAUCAAUUAAAGGAGGUAAUGGCAGAACGAGACACACUGAAACAAAGUUGUUUAAAACUUCGUAACGACAACCAGACGUUGCAAAGCACGAUACAAAGUGAUCGGAUACAACUCGAGCAACUACAUCAAAUGCAUGAGGAUAAACAGUUGCUAGUGAACAGAAUUAAUGGUUUAGAAAAUGACAUCGAACUGUAUAAACGAAGACAUGCAGAUUCUGAGAAAACAGAGAAAGAGUUAAAACGACAAUUCCAUUCUCUCGUUGAAGAAAAUAAAGUCUUUCAAAAACAAGGGUUGGAUUUAAAACUUCAAAAUGAUGCUGCGAGAAAAGAAAUAAAUGACCUAGGAAUAAUAAUCAGUCAUAAAAACGAUCAAGUACAACAAGUUGAAAAGGAAAAACAAAAUCUUCAGGAAGCAAAAGACAAAAUCAUUUCUAAGCAAAAAAAUGAAGUUCAAGAAAAAUGUCGUGCAAUUGAUGAUUUGUUCGUAGAGUACAAUAAUGUGCGGGAACAGAAAGAUCGACUUACCGCAGAACACGCUUUGUGGAAAAGUCAACGUUCCGAAUAUGAUAAUGUUUACGCUCAACUUAUCUGUGCAGAGGAAUCUUUGCAGAAGAAAGAUCGAGAAAUCAAAGAACUCGGUGAACAGGUUAAAAAAGAAGGAAAAGAAACUUUGAUGAAAAUGAAAAAGUUGGAAGAAAAUGUCUCGUUUUUCAAAGCACAGGCGGAUGUAUUUCGGCAAGAUUUUCUCAUUGAAAGGGAGGAUAGGGGGAAACUGCACGACACAAAUCUGCAGCUACAAGCUUCGUUAUACGAGAAAGAACGAAUUGUAGAUCAGUUGAAGAAUCAGCUUGAACAGUACAGAUAUGAUGCAAUGAGAAGAUAAUAAUAGUGGUGAUGGUGGUGGAAGCUAUGGGAUGGGUGGUAUACCAUUUCUAUGUUUGUUGGUAUACUAUUUCUAUAAACUGCCCAACAUUUUUAACAUUAUUUUAAGGAAAGCUUAUUUUUUGUGUUAUGUUAAUGUACUAUUUCUAUGUUUCAUUGGUAUACUAUUUCUAUGAACUGCAGAUAAUUUUUAACAAUAUUUUGCAGAAGCCUAUUUUGGCAGAUUUCUAUGUUAUUAUACUAUUUCUAUGAAAAAGAUAAAUUUGAAAAACAUUGUAUAAUGUUGGGUUCGCAAGAGAGACUUUUAAACCUAUUGUUAUGCAAGCUAGUUGAAUAUUAAUUUAAAGCUGCAUAAUUAGUACAACUGUAUUUUAAAUAACUUUUAAAAUUUAAAAAUGCUACUUCAUAAAAAUUAGCAAGUCUUCGCCUUUUAAAAACUGCAGUGUCAGUAAUUUUGUUUUUCUUCAAUUUUUCUUAUUAAAAGUAUGCUUGUGUAAGUGGUUAAAUACUAAGUUGGCAACAUU